UGGAAAUCCAUAGCUCGUCUUAAGCUCAACAACCUGAUAGAAAUUCAUGUAACAACAUCUGAAUGUCAGUCAUGUACUUAAUUUGUUUUGAAAGAAAAAGGUCAACACAUUUAACAACGUAACACUGCAUUAAUGUGGAAGGCUACCGCUUGGAUUUCACGAUGGACAAUAUAUGUGUUGUUGUGUUAAUUCUACUUUAUAAUAUAAAAGAUGUUGGUGCCACCUGUGGACAUUUAACGUACCAAGAACCUGCAAUACAAGGGAGGAAUGUAACAUUCGUGUUCAGACCGAACACCUUCAAAAAAAACAAUAAUGUUACUGUGAGAUAUGAUAAAACAUCAAUAAUAUAUCGAAACUUCCCAUUUGAUAUAAACGAUGAGGUGUAUUAUAUACAUUUAGAUACAACGGUUGACGACUUAAACAAUUCCUAUAUCUUUGUGAAAUAUGGGAAUUGUUUCACAGAUUGGAGGAAACUUACAUUAAUGAAUCAGUCAGAAAAAGGACAAACUACUAUUGUUGACUCGGGACACACUACUAUUAUUGACUCGGGACAAACUACUAUUCUUGAGUCGGGACAUAAAGCAAGCGGAAAUGCAUUUCUAGACUGGAUUGCUGCUGGUUUUGGAGGACUUGUGCUUCUCACAGCGACUGUGGUGCUCAUCACUUUAUAUCUGAGAAAAAGAAAGAAGCGUGCCGAAAAGCCUGCCCAAAGAAAUGAUCCAGACGUUGCUCAAUAUGUUACACGUGAAGAUAGUUCGACCCUGAGCGAAGAAGUAAAUGGCACUGAUGUAGUGAAGCCUCGCACUGUUAUGUCAAACACAGAAGGAGCAGUUACAAAAUCAAAGGAGAAAACCACGGGCGCAUUGAUUUACGCAGACCUUGACAUUGAACUCUUGGAAGCGGCACGUAAAGCGAGGAAGGAACAACCCCAAUCGGCGCCUACGGAGUAUGCGGACAUCCGGUUUGCAACGAGGUCACAAUUUAGGGGACAGGAAAAUUGACAUGCAUAUUAAUUUGAUAUCCAAGCAGAGUUCAUUUUCACGCAGUUGACUUCAAAAUCAGUCGACGAUGGUUUACUUAUUUACGUGUGUUGUUGCAUCUUUUGGACAGAAAUGUAAACUAUUAAUUUGUGUUAGGUAUUUUCGAUUAGAUGAACUGUCACAGAAAAUGGCACCAACAUGCAUAAUCCAUCAAGAUUAUUAACACACUUUCAUUCAAUAGUUUCAACUUAUUUCUUUCAUAAAAAUAUUGAUUUUUGCGACAAUUAUAUCAAUAGUCUAUUAAAGAUAAUCAGCACUGAUAAAAAAAUAAACCGGUAUCAAUUAAGCGAGAGCACCAACACUUCACGUUUUCUUAUUACAACAUACAUUAACUACUACAAACGACUGGUCAUACUUGCAUUUUAAGGAUAGGAUAACAUUUUUAACAAAAGUUGCUAAAACUUUGCGAAUUCAUCUAUUGCGUUGGUUUGCUUUAUGCCACUGUCACAUGACAUUUUUUACAUAUUGCAAUUUCACAUGCCAUUUUUACAUAUUGCUUGUGUUAGAUGCAUGCCAAUUUCACAUUACACAUUUACAUAUUGCGUGUGAUUGAUGUUUGCCAAUUCCACAUGCCUUUUUCACAUAUCGCGUGUGAUUGAUUUUUGCCACUUUCAGUUGACAUUCUCACAUAUUGGGUGUGUCUGACUUAUACCAGUUUCACAUGCCAUUUUCACAUAUCGCGUGUGAUUGAUGUUUGCCACUUUCAGUUGACAUUCUCACAUAUUGCGUGUGUCUGACUUAUACCAGUUUCACAUGACAUGUUCACAUAUCGCGUGUUAUUGAUGUUUGCCACUUUCAGUUGACAAUCUUACAUAUUGCGUGUGUCUGACUUAUACCAGUUUCACAUGACAUUUUCAUAUAUCGCGUGUGAUUGAUUUUUGCCACUUUCAGUUGACAUUCUCACAUAAUGCGUGUGUCUGACUUAUACCAGUUUCACAUCGCAUUUUCAUGUAUCGCGUGUGAUUGAUGCUUGCCACUUUCACAUGACAUUUUCACAUAUAGCGUGUGUUCGAUUUAUGCCACUUUCACAUAACAUUUUUACAGAUUGCGUGUGGUAAAAGCAUUUCAUUUUCAUGAAAUGUUCACAUAUUGCAUGUGCUUGAAGAAUGAUCAUAAGUGUUCCUUUGUGUAUUCAUUAAUGACAUAAAGCAUUGCAACAUUUGAUAUUAUUUUCAAGCAUCUGGAUACAGUAAACAGCAUGUUUUCUAUAAAAAAAAAAAGUCAACGUGGGCUCUUCUUUAACGUACACAUGUGGAAAAAACGGAGACGUAAGCAUUGUUUUGUUGUAAAUAGUUGCCAAACAGGUUUAAUUUUAGGCUAAAAUGUCUUUGAUUUGGAGCAUGCAUUCAUUUCAAUAUUUAAUUUACCAAAAUUGUCAAGACGAUGUAUGCAUGUUUUCAUUAUAUCCUACCUCUUGGAUUUUGAUUUUGCUCUUCACAACAUUAAUCCCUCGAGUUCUUCUGUUGCAAAUCCUGGCUUGUAGCCGAACAGCUUGUAGAGUAAAAGACCAAAGCCUAGAGGUCAUUGGUCAAAUCACGUUUAGUGGUUGCAACGCUUGCUCUCGUCAUACAAUUCAGAAUCACGCGUGUUGCUUUGACUCAAAUGUACGAUCAUCUAAUACAUUCAAUAAUAAUUAUUAUAUUACACUCCAACGUUAAAAACAACAAUAACAUUUUUUUUGUGACACAGAUGUAAUAUAACAUAGAUAUGUUUCUGUCGGCCAGACGAUAUAUCGCUCCGCGUAUUUGUACACAAUUUAAUUGCAAAACGAGGCUUAAUUUGCAAUAUUCGUGCAAUUAAAACAUUUUAUCUACUAAGCGUUGUGUUAAAUAUUGGAUCAUAAUUUUAAGUAAAAAUAAUGAAAGAUAACUAAUAUCAUGUUAGGAGUUGCUUUUGUUCUAUGGUAAUAAAGGUAUGAAUCUUGGUUUUAAAACAUAAAAAAAUUAUUUAUAUACUAAUGGUUGGGCUAUAUAUGGGAACGUGUUCGCAAUCAAAACUUGUUUUAUAUCUAUAUGUUUGAACGACUGAAAAACAGUAUAUACAAGACUGGAGGGGAAUAUUUUCUCUAGAAGCAAAUUGUUUCCUUAUGUAAACUUUAAGAAUAACCAUAUAGUUGAAAAAUACAAACAUGAUAUAGGCCACAACAAAUUAAUCAUCUGUUCUUCGGAUUUGCCGCACCUAAAAAUCGAAAAAUGAAAACAAAAUAAAAAUUGCUCCCGCACAUAUUAUUUGGCUGCGCAGAUUUUUUUGUUUAAUUCUGAAUUACCACUAUGUUAUAUACUAAUCACCUCGUACAUAAAUGACACUAUCCGAUUGGCCUUGAAAGGCCACAUGCAAUCCAUUCACCCCACCCCUCUGUAAAUUUGCAUACCUCCCCUCUAAUGUUCAUACCCCGCAUAAGACAUAACAAAAUGGCUUCAAAGCGAAUUACUUCAACAUAUUUGAAACAAUGUCGUCAAAUUAAAAUCGCACUUUUUUAUGUUUGGGCGAGACAUAUACAGGGGAGCUAACUUAUGUUCGCUAAUAUACUAUUUGUUUAUCACAAACAAUCUGUUUAUUGUAACCACCGAAUGUUGUGGAUGAAUCAUAUCAUAGAGGAAUCUUACGAGAAAUGGUGAUAGAAGAAAAAGACACGCAAGUAGUGAGGAAACCAAAUGAAUUUUAACACAAACAUAAAAGGAAGCAAUUAUUCAUCGUUUAAGAUCUUAAAGCAUGUUUAAGCACGUUACCGAGUGGGGUAAAGCCUGUCUCAAUUGCACUUUUGACAGAUGUAAAUCUAAAUUCAGUUUAUAAUACUUAUACCACUCCGAAUUUCAUCCACAUCCUAAAUAUGAAAUGGGGUAAGUUUAGAAUUAAAUCACUUCCAAAAUAAAGCAGAUUUUCUAUAAAGCACCUUUCUAUGUAUUUUGUUAAUAAUACAUGUAUUGAAACAAAUUAAACCUGUACCAGGUAGUGUAUUAUAAGUCUGGCGGAAAACACUCAAAUAUAACGAAACACCCUGUUUCACCUGUACAGCUGAUGAGCCACAUAUCGCAUAGCAAUGCCAUUUCGUGCUUUCCAUGCAUUGCAUAUCCGAGUUUUAAAAUCUACGUUUGAAAAUAGAACAAAUUUUGACAUACAAUGCAUAAGUAAGUAAGACAAAACAAUGAAAACUGAUAAAAAUUGCCUCUUUUAAAUCAUGACGUCACACUUGUUUUUAUGACAUGUCUUUAGUGGAAAAACUAUGAUAUACAUAACAUAUUAAACUAGAAAAGAAAAUGACUUCUUUCUUUCUUUUAUUAUUUUCUAUUAAAAUCAUAUUCUCUACUCAAAUUAAGAGUAAUUAUAUAAACAA